AACAUCUUAUCUUGUGGAAGGGAUAAAUAAUUAGCUUUAAAAGCCCGAAUACAUCCCAAUUACGUUGACACUGUUAAGCUUUCAAUAUUUCCAAUUAGGCAAGUCCCAACACAAAAUAAUAUUACAUAUAUAGUUUGGUUACAAAAAGCUGAAGAAGAAUGUGGAAGAUUAAGUAUGGAACGGGUGCGGAAGAUCCAUAUUUGUUCAGCACAAACAACUUCUUGGGAAGACAGAUAUUCGAGUUCGAUCCGACCGCAGGAACGCCGGAAGAGCAAGCACAAGUUGAGGAGGCUCGCCUGAAUUUCUACAGAAACCGUCACAAGGUCAAGCCCUGCAGUGACCACAUAUGGCGUCUUCAGAUGUUAAGAGAGAAAAACUUCAAACAAACAAUUCCAAAAGUGAAAAUUGAGGACGGCAUGGAAAUCACAUACGAAGCAGCAGAUGCCUCGAUGAAGAGGUCGAUUAACUUCUGGUCGGCUCUGCAGUCACCACACGGCCAUUGGCCGGCGCAAAAUGCUGGCGUUAUGUUCUACAUUCCUCCCAUGGUGUUUUGCUUGUACAUCUCGGGUACUUUAGACAGUGUGUUAAACGAGCAUCACAAGAGAGAAAUGUUGUGGUACAUGUAUUGUCACCAAAAUGAAGAUGGAGGGUGGGGAUUACACAUCGAGGGUCCGAGCAUGAUGAUGUGCACGGUGCAAAACUACCUCGCCAUGCGCAUUCUCGGAGAAGGCCCCGAUGGUGGCCUUGACAACGCCUGCGCUAGAGCUCGCAAGUGGAUUCUUGACAAUGGCGGUGCAAUGGGCUCCGGCUCUUGGGGAAAGACUUGGAUGGCGAUUCUUGGUGUGUACGACUGGGAUGGAUGCAACCCAAUGCCACCAGAGUUUUGGUUCUACCCCUCAAUAGUACCACUUCAUCCAUCAAAAAUGUACUGCCAUUGUCGAUUGACGUUCAUGCCAAUGUCAUACUUUUAUGGGAGAAAGUUUGUUGGUCCAAUCACACCUCUCAUUGUGCAAUUGAGAGGAGAAAUCUACAAUGAACCUUACAAACAAAUCAAGUGGAGCAAAAUGCGCCAUGUUUGCGCUAAGGUUGAUAACUACUAUCCCCAUGGUAGAGGACAACGUCUCUUGUGGGACAGUGUCUAUUACAUUGGCGAGUCUGUUAUCAAUACUUGGCCCUUUAACAUGAUAAGAGAGAGAGCAAUUCAGAAAGCAAUAGAACAUAUUCAUUACGAGGACGAAAAUAGUCGAUAUAUCACAAUUGGAUGUGUUGAGAAACCCUUGAUGAUGCUUGCUUGCUGGGCGGAAGAUCCUAAUGGAGAAGCUUUCAAGAAGCAUAUUCCAAGGGUUGCAGAUUACUUAUGGGUAGCCGAAGAUGGAAUCACUUUGCAAAGUUAUGGAAGUCAAUUGUGGGACUGUAGUCUCACCGUUCAAGCUCUACUUGCUGGCAACAUAAAUGAGGAAAUCGCGCCCGUACUGAACAAGGCACACCAGUUCCUAAAGUUGACUCAAGUUAGGGAGGAUCUUCCGGACCAUUUAAACCAUUUUCGGCAUAUUUCUAAAGGAGCGUGGACUUUCUCCGACCGUGAUCAUGGAUGGCAAGUUUCUGAUUGUACCGCAGAAGGUCUAAAGUGUUGCCUCUUAUUCCAAAUGUUGCCACCCCAUCUUGUCGGCGAGCCUAUGAUAGCAGAGCACAUGUAUGAUUCUGUUAACGUUAUACUUUCUCUGCAGAAUCCAAAUGGAGGUGUGUCAGGUUGGGAGCCAACCGGAGCACCAAAAUGGUUGGAGUGGCUAAAUCCUGUAGAGUUUUUGGAGGACCUCGUUAUUGAAUAUGAGUAUAUGGAGUGCACAUCCUCCGCAAUCCAAGCGUUGAAUUUGUUUAGGAAGUUACAUCCAGAACAUAGAAGAAAAGAGAUUGAUAAUUUCAUAACCAAUGGUGCUGACUACAUUGAAGACGUACAAAUGCCGGAUGGAUCUUGGUACGGAAAUUGGGGAAUUUGCUUCUUCUACGGCACAUGGUUUGCUAUUACUGGCUUGGAGGCUGCCGAUAGGCACUACUACAACUGUGAGGCUGUCCGUAGAGGCGUUCAAUUCUUGCUCCAAACACAGAGAGACGACGGCGGUUGGGCAGAGAGCUACACUUCUUGUACAAAUAAGGUGUAUACACCUUUUGAAGGAGAUCACUCAAAUUUGGUGCAGACUGCUCUAGCAUUGAUGGGCUUGAUCCAUGGUAGACAGGCUGAGAGAGACCCCACUCCAAUUCACAGAGCUGCAAAACUACUGAUCAACUCUCAAUUGGAAGAUGGCGAUUUCCCCCAACAGGAACUUAUGGGCGUUUAUAUGAGGAACUGUAUGUUGCAUUACGCAGCAUAUCGGAAUAUCUUCCCUCUUUGGGCUCUUGCCGAAUAUCGGAAUUUGGUGCCGUUGCCUUCUAAAUGAAGAAGAAAGUCAGAGCAAGUUUAGUUAUAGUGAAUAUAAUUAAGCAAAAAUAGAGACGUGUCUUUAUUUAUUUUUUCGUUUGGAGUACUUAUUAGGUUUGCCAAGCUUCAUCUAUAUCUAUAUGAAAAAAAUAAAACAGAAAAGAACAAAUAAAAAGCUUCAUCUCUAGCAUCUUUCUUGUAUGAUACAUUAUGGUGAAAAAUUCA